AUGGACCUGGUGGAGUUGGGCCUGGAGGAGCGGGUACUGGCUAUGGACCUGGUGGAGUUGGGUCGGGAGGAGCGGGUACCGGCUACGGACCUGGUGGAGUUGGGCCUGGAGGAGCGGGUACCGGCUAUGGACCUGGUGGAGUUGGACCUGGUGGAGUUGGACCUGGAGGUGCGGGUACCGCCUAUGGACCUGGUGGAGUUGGACCUGGAGGUGCGGGUACCGGCUAUGGACCUGGUGGAGGAGUUGGACCAGGUGGACCUGGAGGCACGGGAGUCCGUCCUGGUGGAACGGGUACUGGCUUUGGACCAGGUGGAGGAGCUGGACCUGGAGGAGCGGGCACCGGUUUUGGUCCUGGUGGAGGAGUUGGACCUGGAGGUGCGGGUACCGGCUAUGGACCAGGUGGAGGAGUUGGACCUGGAGGUGCGGGUACCAGCUAUGGACCUGGUGGAGGAGUUGGACCUGGAGGUGCGGGUACCGGCUAUGGACCAGGUGGAGGAAUUGGACCUGGAGGUGCAGGUCCCGGCUAUGGACCAGGUGGAGGAGUUGGACCUGGAGGUGCGGGUACCGGCUAUGGACCUGGUGGAGGAGUUGGACCUGGAGGUGCGGGUACCGGCUAUGGACCAGGUGGAGGAGUUGGACCCGGUGGAGCUGGUACUGGCUUUGGACCAGGUGGAGCUGGUACUGGCUUUGGACCUGGUGGAGUUGGUGCCGGGUUGGUACCAGGUGCAGGGACAAGAUCACAAGGAUAUGAUGCCAAUGCUAAAGCCCGCAAAUAUGGAGGAGGUGUCCGUCCAGGUGGAGCUGGUGCUGGCUUUGGACCAGGUGGAGGAGUUGGACCUGGUGGAACUGGUACCGGCACUGGAUCCGGUGGAGUGGGGACUGGUGGAACGGGUACCGGUGUUGGACCAGGUGGAACUGGUACUGGUUUUGGACCAGGUAGAGCUGGUACAGGCUUUGGUCCUGGUGGAGCUGGUACCGGCUUUGGACCAGGUGGAGCUGGUACCGGUUUUGGACCAGGUGGAACUGGGACUGGCUAUGGACCUGGUGGAGCUGGUACUGGCUUUGGACCCAGUGGAGCUGGUACCGGGUUUGGACCAGGUGGAGCGGGUACCGGGUUUGGACCCGGCGGAGGGAUCAGAUCACAAGGAUAUGAUGCGAAUGCAAAAGCCCGUAAAUAUGGUAUGUUGA